AAGCGAUGGCGGCGGCGGCCGGCCUGGCGGCUCCUUCGGGCCCGGGGACCCCGGUGGGCCCCGCAGCCAGGGACCUCUUCGCCGAAGGGCUCCUCGAGUUCCUGCGCCCGGCCGUGCGGCAGCUGGACACCCACGUCCAUGCGGUCAGGGAGAGUCAAGUGGAGCUACGAGAACACAUUGAUAGCCUUGCCACAGAGCUCUGCCGGAUCAAUGAGGAUCAAAAAGUAGCCCUCGACCUGGACCCUUACGUCAAGAAAUUGCUCAACGCCCGCCGGAGAGUCGUCCUGGUUAACAAUAUCUUGCAGAACGCACAGGAACGUCUGAGAAGACUCAACCACAGCGUGGCCAAGGAGACCGCCCGCAGGAAGGCCAUGCUCGAAGCGAGCGGGAGCUACCCACAAGGUUCCCCCAGCAAGUGAGGACCAAACGCGGGCGCU